AUGAGUGAUGUUGAUGCUGUCUCCUCCCUGCCAGCUGCCCUAGAUGCCGGACACAGUGCUCUUGCGGUCAAGGUGAACCACCGAUCUCCUUCAGGUCCACGGUCCCCUAAGAGGUCUUCUCCAUUCCCUGUCUACAGGAGAGAGGACGAUCGCGCCAAAGAGGUUAACCCUGUUGCUGGGGCCGGCGAAGGGCCACCCAGCCCCAAGGCUGACUCGGAGGCAGAAACCAUAAUACAAUCGGGCCGCGAGUCCCUGUCGCCGGAAAAGAGACGGAAGUACAUACAGCAUGAACCGAAACGACGUGAUGAUGAUGACCAUGUUGAUGCCGUGGAGAGUGAUCUUCCUCCUAACGACCUGCAGGUGCGAAAGAGAAAGUUGACGGAUAGCGAUUCUUCCGAUGGACGCGACCGUGUUCCACGUCUCCUGAGUCCGAAGAAAAGAAUAGGAUCUCCGCCGUCAAUUGUGAAAGUAGAGAAGCCUGAGGAUGUGCAGUCUCUUUCGAGUAGACCAGAACUUUCGACUACCUCCGUACCCAGAACCUCGAGAAAGCGCAGCUUCAGCGAGACUAUCGAUGGUGAGGGGGACGCGGGCCGUCCUGCUCGCCUGAGAGAUCCCGCAGUAUCUCGUGAACGGGAGCGAAAAGAUUUAAGCAGUGUAACGUUUCCCCGGCCGGUAUCGACUGACCGGUCAGCCUCGCCAGUCCGAUCUGUGCACAAGCGAACCGCUUCUGGUCCCCAGCUUGGUGAUAUGCAACGCAAGAAGAAGGCACCGACGCCACUUGUUACCGGAUAUGCUCGACAAAGCUCGGAAGACCGACAGUCUGUAUCAUCAUCCACAAGUGGAUCUCCGCUACCUAGUGCGCAUCUUCGAAAACUUGGAUCGGUUGAUGGUGCCUCAGCUUCUCCUGCCAGGCCAACGGGUCACAAGAAACAGCGGGAUCAGAAUGGUCGUACACGCCUUGCACGUGCUUGUGCAGCACAAGAAUUGGAGACAGCCAUGGCAAGGCACGCGGAACGCCCAGAGGACUUAAAUGUUGCCGACAAUGCUGGUAAUACCCCUCUGCAGAUUGCGUCUUUGGAAGGAUGUGCACCCAUUGUGAAGUUUCUCUUGGAUUCUGGUUGUGAGAUCGAUACCAAGAACAUUGACAAGGAUACACCGUUGAUUGAUGCGGUUGAAAAUGGGCACUUGGAUGUUGUAAAGCUUUUGUUGGCAGCCGGCGCCAAUCCCCGUCUUGUUAAUGCUGAAGGUGAUGAGCCAUAUGAUUUGGUUCCAUCUGACAGUGAAGAUUACGAGGAAAUUCGUCGGGUGCUUGCACAGGCUAAAGCCAACCCAAGACCUAGUCGUCGUUCUGAGGAGAGAGCUGGAUCUGAAAACAAAGAGACAUCGUCCCGACGAGUUUCUGCUGAAAGUGCACGCGAAUCGCCACCUGUUAAUAGACAACGUAGCCCGCCAUUCGCUACGACGAAACGCAAAACUGUCCGAAGCGAGGCCACACGGAAUGACCUCUUGUGGACCACAGCUACUCCAGAGAACUUACAAGCUUUCGCUGCCAAAGGAGAUAUCGUGGGGGUUGCCAACAUCCUCAAUGUGGGGCAAAAGGCUGAUCCUGAGUCUAUGAUUGCAGCUGCUAAAGGUGGUCACGACGAGGUGAUCUCGCUUCUGCUCGGUAUGGGUGACGCGGAUCCCGAUCCCGAUCCGGUGCAGGGCGGCUCCCAAAAGCCUGGUUACAACACUCCUAUGCUUGCUGCGAUUGGAAGAGGCAACCUUGCUGUUAUCAGGAUUCUGCUCAACCAGCCGGAGUUUAACCCCACCCGUCGCCUUUAUAGGGAUCGGACUUACUUCGAGCUUUCUAGGGAACGUCGAGCUGAAAACUGGGAGGACGAGUACGACCUCCUCCGAGAUGCAUAUGACAAUCAUGUCAGAACCAAAAAGUCACGCAAGCAAGACCUUCACUCGCCACGUAGAGCACGUGAUAAAGACAAGGAGAACAAGCGCCCUGGACGCAGAGAUUCGCCUUCACCUGGAGGCCGACCCAGAAAAACCAAUGGAAGCCCGGGCUAUAGGGAUCCUGCCUCCAAGGAUACAGCCUUGACAAAAGAGAAAAGGCGUGACAACGUAGCUCAUUUGAAGGAGAAGUCUAAUCCAGCCCGUCCGAAACCGGCUCAUCCUACUGGUACCGACCCCGAUAGCGCUCGUCCGGAUCCCAGACCGAAGCAGCUGCUUCCACCAAGAGAGGGUGAGUCUAGUCGUGGCGAGGAAGCCCCUAAGAGACGACGCUUGAUCGCUGGACGACCUCCCCAAGAUCGAAGGAGGCCUAGCCUACCCUCGUCCGAUUCUUUGUCGAGCCGGGACGAAAGCUCAAAAGCGCGUAUUGAUCACCUUGAACCCUCAAAGUCCGGACCACCACCCCUUAAACGUGGGCGUAGCAGCGCUAGCCCGGAGCGAGGUCGUGCCUUGGAACCCGAGCGGCAUUCUCGUGAUACUGUUCAGAAGAAAAGACGUGUCUUGUCCGAAGACGGGACCCCGAACAUCACGAAUGGAGGCCUCAAAAAGGAUCACACAACAGGGGAUGCCAAGCCCCGCCGGAAGGAUGAUGAAGAUCACCAUGCAGAGUCCAGACCAGAUCCAUUACGUCAAACGGACAACCCAUCCCAUAAGGCACCUGAACGGAAGCCGGUUAAGGAGGAACAGGAGAGACAUGAUAUCAACGGCCUCAACGAUAUUCCUAUGGACGACUAUACCGAACGAGCUGAGGCAGAGGCAGAGGCUCGUCGACAGAAGGAAGCGCGAAAGGCUAGACAAGAACGCCUGGCAGAGGAAGCUCGUCUCGCUGCCGAAGCCGAAAAAGCUCGGUUGGACAAAGAAGAGGAGGAACGUGCUGCUCAUGCGGCUCGCCUUGCUCAGGAAAAGGAAAAGGCUGCGGAGGAAGAGCGCAAACGCAAAGAGGCCGAGCAGCGACGCAUCAAACAAGCGGAGGAUGAGCGCCAGAAGCGACUAGAGCAAGAAAGGCUACGCCUUGCUAAAGUACGCAGGGAGCAGGAAGAGCUAGAACAGCGACGACGAGAUGCUUUGCCAAGUCGACUUCGCAUUGCAGCUAACCUGGUGGGGUCCAAUGACCCACAGGCGAAAAGUCACCUCUGGUUGAAGAAGUUCAUGCCUGUCGUCACCGCAGAGACUCGGCAGCUCGACCCUUCCUGUGCCCCAGACGUUGCCGUAGAGAAAUGGGUGCCUAAUUACCUAGUUGCCCCGUUACUAGCGACAAAUGACCUUCAGCUCGCACAGUAUUCCAGCUGGGAAAAGCGUGAUGCAACGCCGACCCAGCGGAUGAAUCUCUGGCGCGUUACACGCCGGAUGCUUGUUCAGGCAGAUGACGCGGAUUUCAUGAACUCGUCCUUUGGACAAGUCAUGCAGAAGGAUAGCGAAGCGCGACCAAAAUACUUCGAUAUGGAACAUGUGUUUUGGGUUAAGCUUUCCGACUUUAUGGACCUUGUCCCCCACAUCCCUCAUCUCCAUGGACUCGACCUCCAGUUUCUGAAGAUGCAUAUAGACCAGGAACCUACGGCGCCGCUAGCGUUCAGCUUUCCACAAGCCAAUGGGCAUAUUUCUGGGCCUUCCCAUGUUGAGGAUACAGCUGGGCUUCCCAAUGGAGUGCAAGGCCUAACCAAUGGCUAUGGUCACCGACCAAGUACAUACGUCUAA